AUGACAGGGGAUACUCAGGAGUUCGAAAUUAAAAAUCUAAAAAAACUUCAAUAUUUCUUGGGAAUCGAGGUUGCCAAAUCAAAAAAGGGGAUCUUUAUUUCUCAGAGAAAAUACAUUAUGGAUCUUUUGAAAGAAACUGGUAUGUUAGGCUGCAAGUCGGCAGAAACUCCCAUUGAGAGCAAUCACAAGCUACAAGCAAGGAUUGGUGAAUCAGUGGAUAUUGGUAGAUAUCAGAGGUUGGUCUCCUAUUCUCUAAACCAUCUUCGCAUACAUGCAUUCGCAGAUGCAGAUUGGGCUGGAUCCCUUGAUGAUAGAAUGUCGACUAGUGGUUAUUGCACGUUUGUGGGAGAAAACAUUGUCACUUGA